GCGCCAAGUUAAUUUCACCAAAAAAUUGUCUCUUCACUUUCGAUUUCUUCGUUCAAAAAGUAGCACGCAGGAGAGAGAGUUUGGCGAAAAGGCAAUUUCGUAACAGAAGGUGCACAGAAGUGGGCAACGGAUUCAAUUAAUUCCGCUGGCGACGUGCGAAUGAAAGUGAAAUUGAAUUGGCGACCGCAGAAAUCGUGAUGAGCCACCUGAUUCCGCGAUGAGGCCUCUGCUCCAAUAAUCUGGUCACUGAGAGAGCAAUGGGAAUGUGGGUCAAGGUCUCCUGCUUCUGGGAAACACUCUUGAGCUGGUCGGAUCCGAGAAAAAUUGGUAACUCCGUAGAAUCAUUUGUGAACUGCAGAUAAUGAUUUUAUGUGAUGACUUCAGUUGAGGAGAUAGAGCUUUGUGAAUUGAUUUGAGAAAAUUGGGAAAUUGUGUGGUUAGUUUAAAAUUUAACAACUCUCAAGUAAAUUGAGUGAGGUGAGUGUUAAGUGUAUAAAAGGUAUAAAGAAAAAGAAGUGGGAGAUAUAAAAAAAGAGUGAAGAAAGUGUUAAAGAAGUGUGGUGCAAAAUUUCUCUAAUUCGUGUGCUAGUGCCAAUUAUUUGGAGCAAAAAUUGAGGGGGAAAGCUACAGUGGUGAAGAAGACGUUGGAGGAAUUUUCUGCAGCAAUUUGGGGCGGAAAGUUUGGUCGCGCAUUGGAAAAUUCUUCUCCAGCUGCUUCAACAUGAUGUCACUGUAUCGUACGAUAAAAACUGGCACAUACAAAAGGAGACGGGAAAGAAGUCUCGGUCCUGUAGAAACAUUUCCACGUGAGAUGGUGUCAAGGCGCAAAAUUCUGUCCCGUUCAAGGGAUGAUCUCAAUCUCGAUCACUCAUACCAUCAGCAGCAGGAGGAUGAGGAGGAUGUGUGGUAUCAAAAAGAGAAACUCUACAAGGAACACAUACAAGAAGUCUUGGAUAAAUGGACACAGAUUGAUGAUGAAAUAUGGGCCAAAGUGAUAGUUUUUGAGAGGAAUCGACGAGUGGCGAAAGCUUACGCGAGGGCUCCUGUACUCACAAUAAAUGGUUCAGAUGAUGGAUUUGAUGGAAUGCGAAUUGGAUUGUGCGGCUUCGACAAUCCGAUGCGAGAUCAGAAGACAGACGAAGUGAAGCGUCAUGUAGGGCAGGGUGUUAAAAUAAAGAUGGACGAUGCAGGAAAUAUUCUUAUUCGUCGGUAUUCAAAAGCAAAUGUUUACAUUAAGAGUACAGCCAGUGCUCCAAAUGAUGAGACGGCGAUCGGUGCUGAUAUCCUCAAACUGCCAAAUCAAGCGCUUGAAAGUGAAAAAAUCGUUAAGUUGUUCGACAUGAAGAAGUUUCAGUCAAAUGUGAAUCGUGAGCUGCGUCGAGCCUAUCCGGAUCGUCGACGGCUGGAGACGCAAUGCCUCUCGGCGGUGGCUUUUGUGAAGUCGGAGAACGACAUCCUGGACUGUCCAAUCUGGGUGUUAAUAGUCAAUGUGGUCGCCAUGGAUAUGCUAAAGAGUAAACUGCCACCAGUGCAACGUCCUGUAGAUAUAAAGAAUCGCCCCCGAAUCCCAAUCCCAGACGAAGAUCCCUACAGUGUGGCCGGAAAUGGUGGAUCCGGAGGUAGUUCUAGCAGUUCAGGCUUUGGGGCCAGCGGUGGUGGAGGUCAUGUGGCAGCAACGAGAGAACAACUUCUCCUGCAGACGCAGCAAUUGGCGUCGCGGCGCAGCGAAAAGCCACCAAAAUUGCCACCGCGGGACAAUAUGUAUCCGCAUGAUAUACCUAAGUUCCAUUAUCAGCCUGAUUACGACGAUAUCGAAGACGAUACCAGAGUAAAAUCAUUCGCAAGGGGGAAGUCGGACAAAGGAAAGGACAACAAGAAAUAUGACGAUCCGUACUACUGUGGCUUGCGUGCUCGUGUCCCGAACUUUGUGAAGACGACGAAGGCCCCAACAUCAAAGCAUCACAAUGGCAUGAGUGUGCAUGAGAAGGAGACGCCGAAGCGCAUGUCUCUGGCGCACCUUCAGCAUCCAGCCUCCCUGCAGUCCCUCCAUCAACUCCACCAGAUCCAUCCGCAUCCCCAUCUCAUGGCAGCUCACCAGCAGCAGAUGAUGUGGCAUGCACGCAGCUUCGAGAGUGGCAUAGGUAUUUAUAGAAGACCUUCACGCUACGACCUUGACAAUCAGACGCCACCACACGCACACCACCAUCCCACCCUCUAUCCCUCGGUAGUCCCCUACAAUCCCUGUUCCCCGUUCUGUUCCGAUUAUCAACCCCAAUCCCUGCCCCUGGAUCGCGUCCAGAGCAUCCGUCAGACGGAAGGUGAGGCAGGAAGACCAAAGGUCCGCCGGAAGAAGAGUCUGAGACAGUGGGAAGAGUGGCGUGAUGACAGUAGCUCAAAUGCCGGGGAGGAGGGUCGAGCCUUCUACAUUCCCAAACCCAAGAUCAUUUCCACAAAUUCCAACCCCGCCCUGGUGGUGGCUGAUCCCUUUGGCAGUGUCCCUGUCGUGUCUCAUGGCUACUGGAUGGCCACACCGGCCGCUGUGGCCUUUCCUCAGCCACGCAAGUGGACCAGUGAGAACGAUCUCUUCCCGACCCUUAAGCGUCAGCAUACAUUCCGUGGUGCACCCACGCCCAAGAGAAUCCUUGCCGAGGAGGAAGCUUCGCAGAAGUGCGAAGCAGAUUUCUCCACGGGCGAGGAAGAUUUUUCCGUAGACAGCAUCGAGAAGACCAUCUACCGGAAGAUUGCGGAUCCAGUGAAGUACGUAACGAAGAUCUACCUAGCCAGGCAAAAUCUUCCCGGCAGGAAGGGAUCGAUGCUGCUCAAUGAGCCAGUGCUGCAUUCAGAACUGGUUGAAUCGCCGUACAAUCAUAUUUACGGGCGGAUUCCGCUGCCCACAAGGGGCUACAUUCCUCCGCCGCCAAGGACAAUGUACAUCGGCGAGUGGGAUUAAAGUUUGUGGCCGAUUUGCAAUCAUUCCAUGCGUCUCUUUAUAAUUUAGUUUUUUUUUAAUCUUAAAAAAAAAGACAUCACCACUCAUUACUUUUCUUCACGCAUUUUCCUCAAAAACAUUUUUAUAUUUUUGCUCUUACUUUUGUAAUAUUUGUUUUUGCUCAAAGUCUGGAGAAAUUGUUCUUUUAUCAAGUUAAAAUCAAUUUCGCGGCAGAAGUUCUUUUGUUUUAAAUAAUUUUAAAGGACAAUGCAAGAAAGAAAAAUUGAAUUGACAAAUGAUUUUUGAUGAAAGUGUAUCUCGAAUUUAAGUCACAAUGAAAAACCUAUUAUAUUACAUCUCUAUUUGUGUGUGUGUAAUGUGUUUAAGAAUGUAAGUUAGUUAAAAAAUAGACAAAGUUUUUUUUAGUUAAAGUAAUUUUUUUUAACAGAAAAAAAUCUACUUUUAAAGGUAUUUUUAAGUAAUGUAUGUUAACUAGAAGUUCAUGUUUUUUAUAAUUUACUAUCUUUUGACGAUAAAAAUUGUAAGUUUUUUUUUUGGAGAAAAGUUCGUAAAAUGUUAACCCUAAUUUUAAAGAAAGAAAAAUUAAAGUUUAUUGAAGCAUUUUGGACCUCAUUCUCUCACUAGGGAAUGAGGUUAUGUUAGAGUGUGAGGUUAUGUUGGGCAUAACCUCAAAGUCUUCGGCGUAUCUCUGAAGGUAAAAGUUUUUUGAAUCUUCUGUUGCAGUUCAAUUUAUGAAAUGCAUAAAAUAUCUCACAGAUUUUAUUACACAAAGUAAAGCAAACAUAACCUCAAAGGAACUUUUUGUACUUCGAAAACAUCGAAUUAUAAAACAUAUCCUAAAUUUACUUGAAUACUUGAAAUUAUUUUGACUCAGCUACAUUGCAAAAAAAAAUACAUUGCAGAUGUUUAGAACUUUUUAAUAUUUUCCUAUUCAUAACCUUACAAAUAAUGAGACCUAAUGGAUCUCAUUCUCUUAUUUCAUCAAUAUAUAGAAUGAAAUAAAACAAAUUAUAUUGCAUGUUUUAUUGCUUAUUUUCAGAAAAUUUUGAAUUUUGUACUAUACAAAGUCCAAACAGGCUUUAGAGGUUAUGUGCAGUAUAACCUCAAAAUUCCAAAGUAUAUUAAUAGCAUAAUUAAGACAAUAAGAUAUUGAGCAACAAUUUUUGAAUAUUUUUUCAAUCAGAUGUGGCUAAUUUACUUAAACAAGUCUUAACAUCUGAAAUACAACUAAAAAUGAAAGUAAUAAUAAUAAUAAUGAUGCUGGUACAGCAUUCCAUGAAGGAAUUAGGCACUCCCGCAAGGGAAAGGAUGGGGUUGUUAAUCCUAUGCCCUGUGAAAUGAAGUGCAGUGAAGCUCACUGGAUACAAUUCGAACACCUUUAACGCCAGAAAAAUUCCUAGAAGAAAGGGAUUUCAGAUCAAAGGCCUUGUGAUACUUCUCUAAUUUAUCAAUUUAACCAAAAAUUCAGUCAGAGAAGUGGGGUUAUGCUUAACAUAACCUUAAAAUAACUAUUCGAUGAAAUCCAUAGCAUUUUAAAUUUCUUAGGUUAGGGGGAAGAUAGAUACCUUUGAAUUUGGACACCUUUGAAAUAGGGCUUUGUUCUCGUAUUUUUACGUGGAACUGUGCCUUAUCAUCAUUUAAUUUAACUUCAUAAUUGGUUUAAAAAUAAAAGAAUAUUUAACAAAUUCGACAGAAUGUCGCAUUUUCCGUUCGCCAUUUUGAGCAAAAAUUUUGCAUGACCUUCCGCAAAUUAAGAAAACAAUAACACAAUGUAUUCCCAUCCCUCUCGGACUAUUUUUCUCAAGAAAUUGAAGAACUAAAAUGACUAAAAAUCCAUUCCCGACAGCAAUUUGGAUUAAAAUUGCCCGGGAAUAAAUCAUCUAAAAUCACUCAAUUUGCGUAUGAUGUAUAAUACCAUGGUAAGGAAUGGGUUAAUGACCCCACAUCGGAAAACUUAGGAACUAUUUUGCUAUUCAGAUCGUGUUGAGAUUUCCUAUAAAUCUUAACAUAACCUCAAAUUCUACAAUAAGAUCUUUUCAAAAUAAGAGUUUUGAUUUAGAAUUUCCUUACUGAUCGUUACAUUUACGAUUUACAGGGAGUUCCGCUUUGAGAGAAUUUUUGAGGACCGAAAAAACGCCCGCGAAUUGACUCCAGUGACACAGUAAAAUUGCAUAUCUGCAGGAAAUAUCUUUGGGAUAAGUUAUGGAAACGCCGUGAUGUAUGCAAGUCAUUUUUAGCGUCAAUUUGUCAGCCUAUUUUCAGCGCCAACAAAUUUCAAAUUUACCGCUUGAAAAAUAUUUGAAUACAUUUAGGGGCACUUCAAAAAUUAUUUUAUAAAUGAACUCCCAAUAGUAGGCAAUUCAUAUCGUAUUCUUUCAGUCCGUUUUUUUUCUCAAGCGGGAACUCCCUGUAGAUCGAUUCAUGCUAAUUGCACUGCAACAGACAAUUUAAAAACUGUUAUGCUAUUCAAAUCUUAUAGAGAUUUUUUAGCCAAGCAAGCACAUUCAGCUGAAAAAGCGACGUUUUCAGAAUUUUUUUUGCUGAGUCGAUCAGCAAAAAUAUGCUGAUCGGUCAGCAGUUCUCGAACAAAAAGUGCUAAUCAAGUGGAAAUGACACUGUUUCGUGAAUGUCGUUUUAAUGUUUGAAGAAUUCAGCAGAAAAUACAUAUGUUUUCAGCUCAAUUGAAAUCAGUUAUCAUUUCGUCGGUUGGAUCAGCAACUAUACUAACUGCAUUUUUUUGUGUCUUCUGCCAGGGGCCCAUCAAGCCUAAUAAAAAGUGAAGCCAUUUUUCACUUUUCCUUGUAAAAAUGUUGCAGAUAUUGCACCGCGACUUAAACAAAUUUGCUGGUAGUUCUUGUAUUAUUUCGGAGAACAUUAUGAAAUAUGUAUUUUUAGAUAGCUUUUAAUGCACAAUUUCGAAAUAUAUCAGACUGAUAAGUCAAUUCUCUUUAGGAAAAAACUUGCCAAUAGUCUUCAGUGCCUCUAUGGAAAUAUGGAUUCCAUGGAUUCUAUGGAUUAUCCAACCGAAAAUUUGGUGCUCACUGAAUUUAGGUUAGGUCUGAUAUAACCUCAAAUUCUAAAAUAACCUUUUUUUUUCAAAAUGAGAGAUCCGCGUGGUCCAAAGAGCUUCAAUAAAUCUUGCGUCUUAUUGAGCUUCUGUGAUUGGUUAAAGAAUUUUCCAAGGACUCUUUUCAGCCAAUCAGAGAUGCUCAAAUGGCAAAAAAUUUGCAAGAUCUGCUGAAAUUUUUAUUUCUGAGAGCAUAGAAAUGAUAUCUUAUGUAAAUAUCCCAUUAAAAUUAACAUCAAUAAUUGUAGCACAAUUAUAUAUAAUUAUUUUUCUAUUUUAUAAAAUUUGCGAUAAAUAAUUAGUAGAUAGUGUGAAGAAGCUGUGUAAUAAAUGAGACACUCAAAAUACCGAUUUAAAAUACUCAAAAUAGUUUUUUUCCAGCGCGAGAACACAUGAGAAAAAAAUCUCUUAUUAAAUUAUUUAUAGUUUAUCUUUCUCUCUAUCUCUAUUAUAUUUCUUUCUCAGCGUGUAAUAAUCAAAUAAAGGGAUGGAAAAAUUUAUUUAAAAAAAAAAAUUGUCCAAUGUGAUUGUUAAUUUUGGGCAUUUUUUGGAAAAAUAAAAUUUCAAAAUCCCUCGCUCUUGCUCUCAAUUUUCUCCUAAAAAAAUCAUGAAAAAAGUAUGAUAGCAAUUUUUAUAUGAUAAACAAGAUAAUCGAAUGUAUUCCCUAAUUCUUCUUAUCUUUGGCCCCUUCGAAAAAAAAAAAUAAAAACAGGGGAGAAGAUAAUAAAAAAAUACUGAAGAUAGUGAAGAUAUCAAAUAAAAGGUGUUGGUGAAUAUCUCAAAAA